UUCCGCCUGUUGCGGAACGGAAAAGGGGCGCGAGGAGGCAAAGCUUGGAGGAGAAGGAAGCCGCCGCCGGACGGGACGGGAGCAUGGCGGAGGAGGGCGAGGAGCAGGGGGUGGGGGUGGUGGUGGUGGAGGAGGCGCGGCCGCCGCUCGCCGUCGAGGCGCUCCGCCGGAAGAUCGUCGAGAAGGUGAAGGUGAAUCGCGUCACGUUGAUCUUGGGGGACACCGGAUGCGGAAAGAGCUCUAUGGUUCCCCAGUUCCUCCUAGAAGAAAAUAUGGAACCCAUUCUAUGCACGCAACCAAGGAGGUUUGCAGUAGUAGCCAUUGCUCAAAUGAUAGCUGAAUCUCGCAAGUGUCUGGUUGGAGAAGAGGUUGGGUAUCACAUAGGACACUCAAAUAUGUCUAAUCUCAAUUCUACAAGCUCAAGAAUUGUUUUCAAAACGGCUGGUGUUGUGUUGGAGCAAAUGCGUGACAAGGGCAUUUCUGCAUUAAACUAUAAGGUUAUUAUUCUCGAUGAAAUACAUGAAAGGUCAGUGGAAUCUGACCUUGUUCUUGCCUGCGUCAAGCAGUUUAUGAUGAAAAAGAAUGAUUUAAGGUUGAUUUUGAUGUCUGCCACUGCUGACAUCACAAGAUAUAAGGAAUACUUCAGAGAUAUCGGAAGGGGUGAAAGGGUUGAGGUGAUUGCCAUUCCUAGUAGUCCACGCAGUAACAUUUUCCAGAGAAAAGUUCUCUACCUUGAGCAGAUUGUUGACAUUCUGAAGAUGGAUUCUGAAUCACUAGCAAUGAAGUACUGCUCUGGACCGGACAUUACCGCUGAUGCUGGUCUAAAACCUGAUGUGUAUGAACUUAUUCACAAGUUAUUGUUGCAUAUACACCAAAAUGAGCCAGACAUCGAGAAGAGUAUUUUGGUGUUUCUUCCUACAUACUAUGCUUUGGAGCAACAAUGGAUUCGUCUGCUGUCUGCUAGUUCAAUGUUCAAAGUACACAUUCUCCAUCGCAGCAUUGACACUGAUGAAGCUCUUCAAACUAUGAAGGUCUCAAAGUCUUGUCGCAAGGUUAUACUGGCAACAAACAUUGCAGAAUCAUCUGUUACUAUUCCAGGAGUUGCUUAUGUCAUUGACUCCUGUAGAUCACUGCAAGUCUAUUGGGACCCAAUAAGGAAAACUGACUCAGCUGAGCUUGUAUGGGUUUCUAAAUCUCAGGCUGAGCAGCGGAAAGGCAGGACAGGGAGAACAUGUGAUGGUCAAAUUUAUCGCUUGGUAACAGGACCAUUUUAUAACAGUUUGAAUGAUCAUGAGUAUCCUGCCAUUUUAAGAUUGUCCUUGAGAGAACAGGUGCUCAUGAUUUGUUGUGCAGCGUCCCGAGCUAUUAAUGAUCCUCAUGUGCUGCUGCAAAAAGUUCUUGACCCACCAAAAUUGGAUGUUAUCGAAGCUGCACUGGAAUCUCUUGUUCAAAUUCGUGCAUUAAAUAAGCCACUCUCUCCUAGAGGGUGCCAUGAGCCAACUUUUUAUGGAUGUUUGCUCAAUAGUUUGCCACUCUCAUUUGAUGCUUGUGUUCUUGCCCUUAAAUUUGGUGAUAUCGGCUCCCUGCAUGAAGGAAUUCUGAUCAGCAUUAUGUUGGACAUCCAACCACUGCCUAUCAUCCAACCUUUUGGUCACCAACAAUUGUGCAAGAUAUACAGAAACAACUAUUUUGAGGAGGGCAUUGACCUGCGAAUUGGCAAGAAGGAAGCUACGCUCGUUGGAAAUCUUUGUGCAUUUCAAUUUUGGCAGCGAAUGUUUAAGGACAAGUAUUUUCUGGACUGUUUGAUAAAUGUGGUGAACACUCAAGAACCAAAGGCAUCUAAUGGUUUUCUUGCUAAACCUGAAGCCGAGUGGUGUGCAUUUCAUAACCUCGUGCCAACAGCGCUUAACUACAUCUCUGAAAUUUAUGAUGAUAUUAUGGGAACACUUCACCGAUUUAGACCUAGUUUUCUGGUGAAAAUCAAUCCUCCAAUGUACCUUCAGCCUUUUGAAUUCCACCACGUGUGUCGUCACCAUGAAGUACUGGAAUUAGAGAAUACAAAUCCACUUCCAUCAGAAGCUGAGAAUUCUCAAUUGGAUUCACAUAGUAGUUGUGCUGCAACCCCUUAUGUUUCUCCAACUGAUUUUGGAGCCAGUAUUGUUGUUAAAACACUGAAGAAACUUAUCAAGGAGAUGAAGACACAAUCUGCAGAGGACAAGGUAGUAACUUAUAGGGAACUUGUUUGUGGUUAUGCUCAACCUGUGUUUAAAAGUGAGAUGUGUGUGUUCUUUCUUAAUGGAUCAUGUAAUCGAGGUGACACAUGUCAUUUUUCUCAUUCUUCGCUUGCCCCAAGACCAAUAUGCAAGUUUUUCCUCACAUUACAGGGUUGUCGAAAUGGUAACUCGUGUUCAUUUUCACAUGACUCUGGAUCCCUUGUUUCUUCAUCUAUCACUUCUGGAUUUUGCUCUCAGGAAGAUAGAGCCACGUCAGUGUGUUGUAAAAGGUUACUGCCUGCUGCUGGUGAUGGGUAUAUUCUUGUUAUGAAUGAUAAAAGUUUACAGUUCUCUUGUAAACUUUGUAACUAUUAUGAUCCCACCAAGAUUAUUGCCUGUACACCUGGUUUUCAAUCAGUUGAGUCUGAUUCAGUGACCAAGGGCCUCAAGAUUCUACAAAAUUUGACUGAUCCCUAUCAUCUACUCAUUGGAGGUGAACAUAAACUAUCAGUUCCAUGGACGAAACUGAGACGAGUCUUUUGGUUUGCUGAUCUUGAUUCCGACGAGUCAAUAGGCGAGCAAGAUCUUCUGCAGAAGUUUUUCAAGUAUAUUGCCAUAAAGACCUUGUCAGAAAAAUUGUCAGAUUUGCAGGUCAUUGUGAUCAUGAAUAACACAAAAUUUGUUCAGUUACAGGUGGAAAGAUUGGCAAGAGAGUGCUUCUUAUUUCUGGGCGAAUCAUUUAUGUUUGAUGAAGCAACUCUUGGAUGGUUCUCGGAUACCCCAAGGUAUCCAAGAGGGAUGCAAGUAUCAGCACCAGUUGCUUACAUCUUUAACAUGCAUGCUCCCACUGGCGUUCAGUAGGGUGAUUACGCAUCAGAACUGCGUAAAGUCUUGUACAGAGACUACUUAGAUCAUUACAGAUAUUCCGCAUGUGAAUAGCCUGCCCAGAUCAUUUUUGCGAGCUGUAAUUUUUUGGUCAGUUCAGCUUUUACAGAAAUGUAAGGCUAACUUGAUGGCUAUCUGAAUUGGAAUUCUCUAGGGAACUUUAAUUGAAGUAACAGGCACGGGUGCAUCUUCAAAUGUUGGUUCUGAACUUAAUUGGUG